AAUCAGUGGUUUUUCUGCCUAGCCAAUCACCCCACCAUAUUGUUCAGAGGGGAGAAAAAAGCCACAAAAAACCAAGGAGAAACCUAAUCUUCUAGGAUUCUGUGUAAGACAUAUCGCUUGCACUAGAAUUCAACAGAUAAACAAUCCCUCUCUAGUCUUUGCUUGCCCCCUGUUUCUUUUCUUCUUCUACAACCAUGUCCUCACAACAAGCGGAGGCUGCCCCUCCUGCCUCCGCGACCAAUGCAGUCCUAGUUGCUUCGGAGCCCAUUCCUGAGGGGACCCAUCAGGUUCAGGGUGUAGAUUUUGAGCGUUUCCAAGGCCGUGAUAUCACCGUCGCCGAGAUGGUGGACAAUAUGAAAUACAUGGGGUUCCAAGGUACCGCAGUCGCCGAGGCUACGCGCAUUAUCAAUGACAUGCGAGCCUAUCGUCAUCCCGAAACCGGAGAGAAGACAACUGUCUUUCUCGGGUACACAUCCAAUUUGAUUUCAUCGGGCCUCCGGGACACCAUUCGUUACCUCGUUCGCCAUCGUCACGUUUCUGCAAUUGUUACCACCGCUGGCGGGGUCGAGGAGGAUUUGAUAAAGUGUUUAGCUCCUACCUAUAUGGGUUCCUUUACAGCUCCGGGGGCUGGACUGCGUGCUAAAGGAUUGAACCGGAUUGGCAAUCUCGUUGUUCCUAACAGCAAUUACUGUGCCUUCGAAGAUUGGUUGAUCCCCAUUUUGGAUACGAUGUUGGAAGAACAAGAAGCCGCCAAGAAGAAGGCUCAGCAGACCGGCGACGAGGAAGACGAGCUACACUGGACGCCCAGCCGUAUUAUUGAACGGUUAGGCCAUGAAAUCAACCAUGAGGAUUCCGUGCUUUACUGGGCCGCGCGCAACAAGAUCCCUAUUUUUUGCCCUGCGCUCACCGAUGGCUCCCUAGGAGACAUGCUCUAUUUCCAUACCUUCCGGUCCUCCCCACAACGACUACGUGUAGAUAUAGUUGAUGAUGUGCGUCGCAUCAACACGAUGGCCGUCCGGGCCGCCCGUGCUGGUAUCAUCAUCCUCGGAGGUGGGGUGGUAAAGCACCAUAUCGCCAAUGCAUGUCUAAUGCGGAAUGGAGCGGAACAUGCGGUCUAUGUAAAUACGGCUCAGGAAUUCGAUGGAAGCGACGCUGGAGCUCGUCCAGACGAGGCUGUUAGCUGGGGAAAGAUCAAGGCGGAUGCCAAGGCAGUCAAGGUGUAUGCGGAGGCCACUGUAGUCUUCCCUUUGAUGGUUGCGGCCUCCUUUGCCCGGGCCGACCAACCUUCCACCGAUACGAAUGACAAAUCCCAAAACUAAAGUACCGAGGCCUUUUUUUUCUUUAGUGAGCGGGGUGGGCUACGGAGAUAGCAGUGUUCGUUGGUGGACUAACAUCACGGCAGAAACCUGCUCGGAGGCGGCUUCCCCCAAGCCUCGAAUUUUAUGCAGUGAUU